CAGGAUCUUGGCGCCGUCUUCCUCGAUUUGCCCGGUUUCUUUUUCUGCCCCUCGUAUCCCUUUUACCUCGCGGCCCCUGGUUUCCAUUCCUAGGCGGGGCUGGUCGUCCCGUUGGUGGUUGGAUUGCCAAUCUGGUAUACUAGGUUGUUGCUCCCUACCAGUGCCAUGGAAUUUCCUGAUGCCUGCACAGCAACAGCUUCAGGUCUUCCUCUUCUUAUUCCCUUCCGCCUUCCUUGCUGGCCGCGCUUCCGGGGCCAAAUGCUACGGAAAGCGUAGCAGCUCGCCCUCCAAGAAUCAUCGCCACCGGAGUUCCAUUGCCGCUCUGUUCUUCCUACAAGCAACUAGCACCAAUCCAGCUCGCGUGCCUUCAGUUCAGCUUCAGGUUCUGCGGCCAGAUAAAAGUAGCAUUGCUCCAGCAAAACCGAUUUCAGGCCUGCUAUUGGCUGGGACAAGGAGAGAGUGCUUGCUGUUCGUUCCCCCCGAUUUGUUGUCGGCGGGUUGCUUCUGAUUUUGAUUAUGCCUUUUCUCUUUCAACAAAGUGCACGAUGCCUUUGCCAAACUUCACCCGCGGUGCCGCCUGCUGAAUUGGGCCAUAGCUUCUCCUGUCCAUCACAUCUGUCAACUGUUCGGCGCAAUGAAGCCUUCAGAUGACAGGAUGCAGCUCUCAGGUUUGACGCAGUCGGAAGAGUCGUCGCUUGACGUGGAGGGGCAUUGCUCUCACCAUGAGGCAUUUCCUUGUUCUCCAUCGAUGCAACCGGUUGCUUCUGGGUGUGUGCACACAGAAAAUAGCGCGGCAUACUUCUUAUGGCCGACUUCAAACCUGCAGCAUUGUGCGGCGGAGGGACGGGCAAACUACUUUGGGAACCUCCAGAAAGGAUUGCUGCCGAUACUCCCUGGAAAGUUGCCCAAGGGUCAGCAAGCAAAUAGCUUGCUCGACUUGAUGACCAUAAGAGCUUUCCACAGCAAGAUAUUGAAGCGUUUCAGUCUCGGAACGGCAGUGGGCUUCCGCAUAACAAAAGGGGUUCUCACAGAAACCCCUGCCAUUCUUGUCUUCGUUGCUCGAAAGGUUCACAAGAAAUGGCUUAAUCCAAACCAAUGCCUUCCUGCAAUUCUUGCGGGUCCAGGAGGUGUCUGGUGUGAUGUCGAUGUCGUAGAAUUUUCAUACUAUGGUGCGCCGGCUCAAACACCUAAAGAACAGAUGUUCAGUGAGCUUGUUAAUAAGUUGUGUGGCAGUGAUGAAUAUAUUGGUUCAGGCUCUCAGGUUGCAAGCCAGGAUACGUUUGGAACUUUGGGUGCAAUUGUGAAACGACGCACCAACAACAAGCAAGUUGGUUUCCUCACGAACCGACAUGUUGCAGUUGAUUUGGACUAUCCUAACCAGAAGAUGUUUCACCCGUUGCCGCCGAAUCUUGGGCCUGGUGUUUAUCUUGGAGCUGUCGAGAGGGCAACAUCUUUCAUCACAGAUGAUGUUUGGUAUGGAAUUUAUGCUGGAACGAACCCAGAUAUGCUGCCCCUCUGUGGACCUGCAGAGACAUUUGUACGAGCCGACGGCGCAUUCAUCCCAUUUGCUGAUGACUUUGACAUUUCCACAGUCACAACUAUAGUUAGGGAAGUCGGUGAGAUUGGGGAUGUUAAGAUUAUAGAUCUGCAGUGUCCUAUCAAGAGCCUCAUCGGGAGGCAAGUUUGCAAAGUCGGCAGAAGCUCUGGUCACACAACUGGGACUGUGAUGGCAUAUGCCCUUGAGUACAAUGAUGAGAAAGGAAUAUGCUUCUUCACCGACCUCCUCGUCGUUGGUGAGAACCGCCAAACAUUUGAUUUAGAGGGUGACAGCGGAAGCCUUAUUAUCCUGACCAGCCAGGAUGGGGAGAAGCCACGUCCUAUUGGGAUAAUAUGGGGUGGCACAGCAAACCGUGGGAGGAUAAAGCUCACAAGUGAGUAUGGCCCUGAAAACUGGACCACAGGGGUUGAUCUUGGCCGCCUUCUUGAUCGUCUAGAACUUGAUCUUAUCAUAAACGACGAAUCACUCAAAGAUGCUGUGCAGGAGCAAAGAAAAGCUUUUGUGGCUGCAAUUAACUUUGCUAUUGGGGAGUCCUCUGCGGUGACUGUUACUGCCCCAGAAGCCACCCCAGCAGAGAAGGCUGAAGAGAUCUUUGAGCCUCUUGGGAUCCAAAUUCAGCAGCUGCCUCGUCAUGACCUGACAAGCGCCACAACCGAAGGGGAGGGCGCAGCCAACACGCCGUCCGACAUGGAAGAGCGUCAGUUCAUCUCGAACUUCGUCGGCAUGUCUCCCGUGCGCCGUGACCACGAUGCUCGGAGGAGCAUCGCCAACCUGAACAACCCGUCAGAGGAAGAGCUCGCCAUGUCGCUGCACCUAGGCGACCGUGAGCCCAAGCGGCUCCGUCUAGACCCGGAGUCCAGCCUGGACCUUGAAAAACAGCCUCAUCCAGACCCGGAACCGAGCCUGGACCUGGAGGAGCGACCUCAUCCAGACCCAGAAAUGAUGAGCCUAGACCUGGAGAAGCAGCCUCGCCCGGACCCGGAACCGGGUCUGGACCUGGAAAGGCAGCCUCGCUCGGACCCGGAACCGUGCCUGGACCUGGAGAAGCGCCUUCCAGCCGACCCGGAGCCGAGCAUGGACCUGGAGAAAUGAAGCGCUGAUCCCAAUGACAUUUAUGGGAUGAGCAUGUGGGCGAUCAAAGUGAGUAGAUGGAAGAACCCCUGCGGUUCAGCAAACUGAACCUGCAAUGUUAGUUUAUGUUAACUGCUACUAUUGGCUUCGCAGGAAGCAUAUCGUAUCAUGUCAUGUACUACUAUGGCACUUGAUUCAGCCCUUGUAGGAUGUUGUUGGGUGGUAUAGCCCUGCAGUUUUGCUGUGCUCAUAAGAUUUGAUAUACAGAAUGCUGAAUCUGAAUCUCUUUUCUUGGAGAA